UCCGUCGAUGGAGCCGUGUAGUUUAGACGUACCCUAAGUUAUCUUUUGUCUCCUUGAUUUUUAAGAGGUGCUCUUUAGGUUUUUUGAAGGAUCUGUUUAUCUGAAUUUUUCCUUCAUGUUCUGUACAACACCUGUGGGUUGCAAAAUAAAAUGUAUUAUUCUGUCUUUCAGAUAUCACUACUGAUUGGAUUCAUCUGUGUGAGGAAUUCAGCAUGGACAAAUUAUAGUGCAUACAGCUACUUUGAAAUAGUCACCAUGUGUGACUUCAUUAUGAUUCUCAUCUUCUAUUUUGUCUACCUUUUCAGAGUGUACAGAAUGCUCACUUGUAUUAACUGGCCACUUGCGGAACUUCUCCAUUAUUUACUUGGCACACUCCUGCUUCUUAUUGCCUGUAUUGUGGCAGUGUCAAACAGCUACAAUUUAUCAGGACUCAUAGCUGGAGCGAUAUUUGGUUUCUUAGCUACAUUCCUUUGCGCUUUGAGCAUAUGGUUAUCCUACAAGAUCUCAUGUGUUACUCAGUCAACAGAUGCAGCUGUAUGACUGGCCACUGCAAGAUGUUUGUGCCUUUCUAAAAGGAUAUUGAAGAAGAGGGUCCACUAUGUGCCAUGAGGAGAUUCUGUGACUGGAUUAUAUACAGUGUUAUUUGAAGAUUUACUUGAACGUAUUAUGCAAAGAGAGAAACAACCAAUAUUGGAACCAAAGAAGUUGGGAUCAAAACAGUUUAAUUGAUAAACUGUUUUUCUAAACUUUAGAGAAGUGCCCUGUCCAUCUUGGCAGCUACUUUGUGGCUCCCUCUUACAUGCAAAGGGAAUAUUCAAGCCUCCUGUGGAGAGUUGUUUAAUUAGGAUCUCUAUAAUUUUAAAGAUGAAAAGAUUAAUUCUGAUUUUCUCCAUGCAUUUGUAAAAGAAAUUCUACAAAUUCACCUGAUUACUAAUUUCAAGGAUAAUUCCUUUGACAAUGCAACUCUUGCACACCAGUGUGCCUAGAAAACCUGUCUUAAAUCCUCUUUUUCUUUCUCUUUUGUUGUCUUUGAUAUUUUUACAUCUGUUUGGCCAGCAUCAGAAAAUACUUUUUCCAUGACUGUCUCUUACACAACUCACUGUGAAUGCUGCCUUCUACACUCAACUGUAAACUGAGUUUUCUAGAUGCCAAAUUAAUUCUGCUUCUACAUUUUAAUAGUCAUUCAUAACCCCAGAAAACUCUUCUCAGUACUAUCCAAUAGGUUUGCAAGAACAUAUGUAUAGUAGUGUUGCUCCUCAUAUAUAUGUAUUUGUGUAUUUCCAUUCUCCCCUCCACGGCAAAAACUUCAUGAAGAGGGAAAGUUGCAGAUUUCUCAGAAAUUAUUCUUGAGUAGGGGAGGAAGGAUGAGGGAGAUUGUGUGGGCCCAAGCACAUGUGCAUUUUGCCUAGAGCAGAACCAUCUGGCUCCUCUUACCUUAACCUGCAGUCUGUAUGGAUGCCCCUUACCUCUGCUGCCCUGCUAGAACAUUGCUUUCAGGGAUGCUCUGUGGUGUGACGUUUCCUGGAUUCCUCCUAAAGUGGGGUGUUGGUGCAGGAAGAGGUAAGCUGCUGGUUAAGGCAACCAAAUGCUGCACUUUCUUCCUCUUGCUGUCCCCUCACUCCCCCAACAGUUCUGUAGAUGAGCUAAUCUAGAGCUUCUCUGCCCUGCCUUUCCCCCAAUGCAGUGGUUCUCAACUCGUUUCAGUCCACCGACCACCAGGCCAAUCAAAAAAUUUUCCUGGACCACCUCCAGCACAUGUAGCACAGGAUGAAUGACCCAGCAACUACUCAGCACGGCAGCGACACUGACGCGAAGAGCCUCAGACAGAAGUUACUGGCUAUACAACAUGGUUGUGUCCUAUGGAUGACUCACUGCGUGCUUGUGAACACAGCGUAAAACAGCCUAAUGGUGGCGCCUGCUCACGCUGUGAUUUUGGACAAUGUUCCUGUGGACCACUGAAAAAGUCACCGUGGACCACCAGUUGAGAACCACAGCCCCAAUCCAGCUCCACAGAGUCAGGAACUCCCUGAGCCCUUUUCAAGAAAAGGGGAAGUGUGGCAGAGCGCUCAACCUCCUUGAGUCUGUAACUGCAAUGGUGACUGACCUAACCUUGACAUUUGUAUUAGAAAAUUGUUCCAGUGUAACAAUGACUCAUGAAACAGCCAGAGAUAGAUGUGCCUUAAAUGUUACAGAUUUUUACCAACUUCCCACUCUGGGGUCUUAUAUAGCCUUUGUGCCUUGCAGCUGUAGCUGGUGUGUGUUCUAGUCACUGUGGGCAAAGAUGUCUUUUUUUAGUUGUGUGAAUUUAGUACUCAGGAAUCAUGCUGCCUCAAGAGAACAUAGUCCCCUAGUUAGCUACAGUCCAGAGGCAGUAAGGGGUGCAUGUUUCCUUACUGUGCCCUGCCAGUACAUCUCAGCGCUGACCAGGCAGGUUUGAGAAGAGUUAAUUCUCUGUGCCUCAUUGCCUGCUCUGCUGAAAUGCCAGCACUAAGGCUGUUGCAGUGAGCCAUGACACACACUCACUGACUAAGCCCCUCUGAGUAAUUUUACCUAACUUGGUGACUGACCAUGGUUUGGAUGAGGGCACUAGAAGUUCAUAGCAAGGCUAAAGAGGUGAGUAUGUAAUUGUAGUGUUAGACUUCUGCUCUUCCCCUCCUCUGAGGGGAAUGCUCCUCUGUUACUCGGACAUUCCCCAGGCCCUUUUCCAUACACAGCCACAUGGAAAUGGAUUUCUGAUACAGCAAAGCCAACUGCACAACUACCCCUGCAGCUUGCUGACCGCAGUAGUCAAACAGGGAAGGUGGUGGUUGGCCAAAAAUUCUAAGAGGAAGCUGGGAUCUCUCCCCACGCAGCUGGUUUGCACAGCUCUCCAUCCAUCCCUCUUUCCUAGGCAGCUUUCUUCCAUACUGCCCUUGUGCCACUGCCCCUUGUGUUACACUGGCAUUGGUGGGGCUCCCACACCAGCCUCCUUCCUCCACCCCGCACUGCCACUACUACAUGUUGGAAAAAUCCCCCAUAAGGAGUUCAUUGCACUCUAAAGGUCAAAGUGUUUCAGUCUCGCUCUGUGGUGGCCUGAAAUGUUUUCUAGAGAAUUCAUGGAAAUUCCCUCUUUGCCUUGCCUCUGGAUGCAGAACAGGCAAAAUGCUGUGAAUUUGCUGUAUAAUAUUGAAUACAAGUGUUUAAAAAUGAACAAUACAUUUGUCUUACAGAAGAUAA